CUAGUCGGCUAAGGUCCAAGUAUAGGAGCAUAAUAGCUCAUAACGUUGUCUUGCAUGGUGACGCACUGUGUUUAUGCUACGAAGAAGGUUUAAAGUCAACGAGCGGAUUGAUAGAGUGAAGAUUACUUGGCUGAAGGAACACACUGUGACGGUAAUCUUUCGAGAACGGGCGAGGUUCCUUCCCAAGAAAGUAAAAGAUGAUAUCGUACGUGCUUAUGAAGAUGACAAGAUCCAAGAUGGAAGCCUAGAGGCGGAGAAUUUUCGACGUGGGAGAGUAAAGGUGGAGAGUCCAAAUGUGGUCUUGUGCGUUGCGAAAUCUAGGGCGAUUGCGGCUUGGAUGGUUACUAAGGGACAUGAUGACAUCACAAUUGGCCUCGAUACCUACAAGAUGAAGUUCAAACCGUGGAUGUCGAAGGCACAACCCCGAGAACAACGUCGAGAAGAGGACGAGCUUACCUUUUGGGUAAUAGCGGUCCAAGUGCCACUCGACUCCCUCUUCUACUUAGAGGCACAAGUGGCGAAGGCAAUUGGCCCCAUAAUUCGAACUCAUCCAACGGAACCAGAUUUAAGUCAUGAAUCAGAACGUUUCUUGGGAGUGCAGAUAGCCUUUAUCGAGUUGCAUGGAAGCCCAAGAUGGGAUUUUACAGCAAAAGAUUACGCAAAGGAUGGUAUCUUGAGGCAAGCGCACCUAUCAAUCUACGGAAGGGCCAUGGUUGUCAAUGGUGCCCUAUUCGCAUUAUUGUGCUCCUACAAGUCAAGAGGGAGAGAUACACCGUUCAUUGGAGGACAACGCGAGUUCUACAGGCAGUGUUCCGGUAAGCGGAUAUUUUGGCGCCAAAAGCUCCGGGACCACACCCUCGUCGUCUUUGAUGACGAUACUGUAGAGAAGUGGCCAUUGGAGGUCGAGGGUGUGGCGAACAGCAGUGAGUCUGGGAAGGGGGAAGUCACUGUUGCAGUGGUCAGCAAGGGAGGACAACCACCACCGAUGAAGAAGAAGAAACCACGCUGGUUCUCGGAGCAUCCCGGAAUUGCCGCUGGGAAGCCAUGGGAAAAGAUGGGAAUGUCACAGGAAACGUGUAAAGACGACGUUCUCCCUGUGCUGGAUGGAAGAGGUCUGAGGAUUGAUGAGAGGACGCCUGAAGAAUGUCGGCCAGCUUUCCUCAAGACGGGGACCAUCUCUCAGGGGACCGGCUCAGCGUAUGCUGAGUUUGGCAACACCAAGGUCUUAGUUGGAGUGUACGGGCCAAGGGAGACAAACAGGACCUCGGUGGAUGUGGGGAGGCUUGUUUGUGAUGUGAAGGUGGCGGCGUUUGCGACUCCAGUGCGAGGCAAAUAUGGGCAAACGAAGGAUGACCGCGAGUAUGGGGUGAUGUUGCACAGAUCAUUAAUCGGAGCCGUUGAUGUCCACUCGUUUCCUGGGUUGACUGUUGAUGUGUUUGCACUCAUUCUUCAGUCAGGAGGCGCAGACAUUGCAGUUGUGACAACAUGCGCAUCUAUGGCACUUGCACAUGCGAGAGUCCCUAUGCAUGACCUGGUAGCAGCAACUUGUGUCUCCUAUGUUGAUAAGGAGCUACUCCUAGAUCCGUCAACAGAGGAGGAGAGGCAGGAGGAUGGAGCGCUGUAUUUGGCAGCAAUGAGCGGUAAGAACGAGGUCACCCACUUUACAAUGAAAGGCGAGUGGUUGCAGGAAAGGACAGCAGAAGCUGUUGGCAUGUGUAUGGAUGGUUGCAUAAAGCUCUCUGAGUUGGUUGAUUCAUUAUUGAAAGAGCAAACAGACAUUUGACAGCAAAUGAUCUUGUUUUUCAAAGAGAAAUGAAGGGUUGUGUUUUUCUUUGCAAGUUUUGUCCUCGGCUCCGGGAAGGUGAGAAUUGAAAGAGUUCAAUUAUAACUUCACAAUACCUACACACACGAGGGACUGAAUUGCAAUGAAUGGCCAUUUUCAGAACAGUAGUGGAACGUAGCUUGACGAGCGAGAAAUGCGCCAAAACUGUAGUGGCACAUAGCCCGUAAUGAUAGAGAUGGCAAAUAAGGAAUGUUCCCAGAACUCUCAUGCAGUUGGAUGAGAGGAGUGAUUGAGGGGCUGCUGCUGUAAAGUUUUGAUCAUUUUGAUCGUUUGUUUCCCACGGUUCUGCCACAGUAUGCAUGCCCUCACUUCGCGUCACGUAGAUGUUGAAAUUGAAAUGUGCGCAUGGGCAGGUGUUGUCACGAAGUGAACGUGGUCAAGGUUGUGGGCCAACUUCCUACGUACGUGUCUUAUAUCUGCUGCCUCGCUUAGCGGUGGUCAUGAGCAUGUUCACACUAGGACUUUUUACGCUGAUCUCUGGGCAUAAUUGCGGUUAAAUACAUCCAGAGGGUCCCAGUGUGAGGAUGCUCUUGAUUGUUACGAAAGAAUGUUUGUUUUCGUACGAGGGCUCGUCAAGCCACUCUGAUUGUUGGAUUCUGAGCACUGUUGCUGCCCCAGACUGUGUGUUUGAGAGAGAUGCGAAACACACAGCUGACGGUGCAGUUCUUCGUUGUCCCUUCGGUGAUUGGUUAUGAUGUGCACAAGAGGUGUGUGUCUGCCUGGAGUUAUCACCUUCAACUUUGCUUUUUUCUGUUUGCUGGCACGACUUGACGCCGGCGUCAGAGUUUUGGUAGAACAUGAAAAUGGAAGGAAAACAGUCGGUAGUCUUGCCAAACUGACGGAGAGCCAUACGUGUGUGCAUGGGGCUGGUCGGGGGGGAGGCAAAAGGUCUGUGAGUGGCAAGGAAAGUUUGUGGAGUGUAUAUAUGUGCAUGCAGAGCUUGUGUGGGCAAACACAAGCGUGGUAUUGCAACGUAUGUAUGGAUUGAUCAAGUCAACCUUGUGCAUGCUCUCGUUCGCGGUUGUGCCUGCUCGGUUGAAUCAUCCCAUUGGAGCAUAAAUGUGUUACGGGAAAAAAACUACUGCGUUUGAUGGAUGCCUUUCUCGUGUGUGAGAUAUCGAAGACGCCGAUUGUUGUCUGUUGGCACUGCAGUCGUUGCGUCAGCAUUUUUGUCAUGCGAAGGUUGUUGGUUUGCUCCAUCCCUACAGCAAGAGCCCUCAUGCGUUACAUGGACAGCAGGGUGUCCACAGCACAGGGUCAGUCCCGUGCUUGCCUGACAUGGUCUGAUCUGCUGUUUGAAUCCAGGAAAGGGGUCCACCUACUGUCUGUGUCGAACCUGCACGAUUGCUUCCAUGUGCUCUGCCUCAUCUACAGUACUGAUCGACCAACGAUCUGUCAUGUGGAACACUUGCAGCAGGCUUCCAUGUUGUCGUAUGAGGGAGGUUGUGAUGUCAGACUGUCUGGCUGGUCAUAGUAUGUUAGCGCGGCAAAAGGAAAAUGAGCAGAACUACCUGUAUGUGGCUGCUGGUAGUCUGUCAGGCUCUCAGAUCAGCACAGUUAUACACUCCACAAUUUGCAGCAGGCAUCAAUGGUAUUGGGACACAAGAGGUUAACGGGCAUCUGGUUUUCAGGCCUGAAAUUUCUGAAAUUAGGGUUUUGGGCUCAAAUUUCAUGUUUUUUUGGAAUUUCAAGUUUUUGCUAUAUAUGCAUUUUGAUAGGGUUGCCGUAUAUGAAAUUUGGGGUUAUUUGGAGUUUUAGAAUUUGCGCUAUUAAGA